AUGGAGGUCCCCACUUUACAGACCCUGCCUACCGAGAUUCUGCACACCAUCUUAGAAGAGCUCCGCCUGUCAGCCAAUGCGGACUCAGAGACAGUGACCAGCACAGAGUACUCGGACUUCUCGAGACGCUGUGCACUGUCGAUUGCCACAGUUUCGCGCCGGUUGAGGCUCGCUACGGCCCCUUGGACGUUCUCCACGGUGCAUAACUUGAACGCGGGGAACAGAGAGUCUUCAAGUUCUGUGCCGCCCACAUCGCUGUGGCGCUUCGUCAGGGCGCUCUACGUCCGCGACUACUCCUACGUCCAGGAGCGCCCGAUCCCGGUCGACAACACGCUGUUGGGGACGCUCGAGAACAUGCCGGUGCUGACUACGGUCACCCUCUAUCUGCGGCGCGCCGUGCCGCCCGACUUCUUUUAUGCCCUCGGCGCUCUUACCACCCUGUCCGCACUGCACAUUUACCAGGCGCAGAUCGACGACGGGCGGCUGGACCGUUCUCUCAUGAGAUUUGAGUCGCUUCAAUCAUUGACACUGCGGAUUGCCGGACCCACAACGGUCGCCCGUGCCCCGGAUGUCGACACGAAUACGGAACAGCAAAAUAUCCAUCAAAUUCUGCUCAGCAUUAAAUGGCCCCGCCUAGCUACGCUCACUAUGACGGAGCACCCGCCCCUCCAGCAUCUUCCGCUCAGUGUUCUUCUGCUACGGAUGCCCGCUCUCAGCGAUCUCUCGCUCCUCUUCACACCCGAUGCACAUCACCAAGCGCAGCGCUUCCCACCAUUUUACCUUGUUUCCCCGACCGAUUCCCUCCCCAUAUUGGACAACCUCCGCUCUUUGGCUAUUUCAAACUGUGCUUUUGAGGACCCACUGCUGCGAAAACUCCCGCGCAGCCUGACAUCACUCAAGCUAUUGGCACUAUGGGAUGUCCUUGAUCCCGAUUUUCCUCCUUGGCCAAUUGAUGGCCUGGGAUUUAUGCGCGAGUUCCGUCCGCCGCAAGCCCGGUGGGCGCUGCUGUUUGACCAGGUCGGCACACUUCCCGCGCUUACCACGCUAUAUGUCACGAUCGGCGAGUUCGCGCCGCUGGCCAGCUUUGUCGACGCGAUCGCGGCGUUCGCACCGGCGCUACACACGCUCGAGAUCCGCUUUCCCGCGCCGGAUGAACCCGAGCGGUUGAUGAUGGUCGACCUCACACAGGGCGAGCCGCUGUUCGCUGCGCUGCGCACGCUCCCCCUGCGCCACCUGUGCCUCUUCACGGACUACAUCUACGCGGGCAUGCACCCCGGCCCGCCAGCGCACUCCGCGUACCAGCUGCUGGCGGAGCUGCCGGGCCUGGAGACGAUUACGUACAGGUUUGGCGGGUGGUACUCGCGGGAGAGCGACACGGUCGAGUUCGUGUGGGGGCGCGGGAUGCUGGGGCGCCCGCCGCCCCCGCGGGCCAUACGCCAUGUCGACCAGCAUGCGUUCGCCCCGGAAUACGUGCCUUGA